UUUAUACUUGGCGCCACUGGAAGCAGAUGCUGCUGCGUUACACGCCUGCUAUGUGUUUGCAACGCUGCACCUAUACCAUGUAUUCUCAGCCUAGCCAGUUACAAGGAGGAUUGUCACAGAGCAUGGCCUUAUGGAAUCACUCUCGCUCACAUGCAGUCAGUUAUCACACAAAAAUGGGUCUAGUUAGUCUUUCUCCUAAGAGCACAAAAUCAUCUCGUCUGCAAAAUGGGACAUGCUUUGCCUGCUUGGAGCAACAGUCUAAACGCGGAUUAUCACCAAGAGAUCGUAUCCUACAUGCUAAGCUUGAUAUGACCUCACAUCACAAGUUUUCUAGUAUUAGCUACAAACCGAGAACGACGACAAGUUUAGCACAAAAAAUAGGAGGUACAGGCGCUGGACUUUCCUUGAGUUUCGCAGUUUCUGGGAUAGCAAAUGCUGGCGGUCCGGUGGAUAAUGACAUUGAUUCCAAAUCGUCCUCUAGUUGUGCUCAUGGGAAGAAAGUUUACACCGAGUAUUCUGUCACCGGCAUGCCUGGGGAUGGUAGAUGCUUGUUCCGUUCUGUGGCUCAUGGUGAGUGCAUUAGGUCAGGGAAACCCAUACCUAAUGAGAAUCUUCAAAGAAAGCUCGCUGAUGAUUUAAGAACACUGGUUGCUGAUGAGUUUAUCAAGAGACGGACAGAGACUGAAUGGUUUAUUGAGGGUGAUUUCGAUACAUAUGUCUCUCAGAUUCGGAAGCCACAUGUGUGGGGAGGAGAGCCAGAAUUGCUCAUGGCUUCUCACGUUCUUCAGAUGCCAAUCACUGUUUAUAUGCGCGAAGAAGCAGCAGGUGGUUUGAUAGCGAUCGCGGAGUAUGGCCAGGAGUACGGGAAAGAAGACCCGAUCCGGGUCCUCUAUCAUGGCUGUGGCCAUUAUGAAGCGCUGCAUAUACCAGGAAACGCUGAGCCCAGGUCAAGACUGUAACAUUUGGAGUUGGAGCUCAGAAACCAGAUAGUUGUAGAUUAUAAGAUGGGCAAACCAUGAAGACAUCGCACAGAGGAGUGUCCCAAGAGCAACAAUAUUCUCUGUAGGCUCAACGGCCAUCUCAAACACUUCGAGUAGCGAGUGCAGUCUGCAUCAUUGAAGGAAUCAGUUCGCUGAGGCAAUAUUGCAACGACAUCCUCAUCAACAAUCAACGGCUUGCGGGGCAUGUCUCGGACGCCAACGAAGGGCAUUGCAAAGCCGAGAUCACCCUAACUGCAUGAACCUUGCCAGCAUACUCUUCGACCAUCACCAAAGAAACUACCUCGGGCACAAGAGGUACGCCACCUACAAUAUCUUUUUAAAUAAAGACAUGAAAAGGGCAUCUUAGGUCCGAUUAUUAAUACUAUCGAAGAAAACAAAAAUCAAUUCAAUGGACAGACAACUAGACGUUGAAAGACUAGUAAAAAAUAAAAUUACAUCGAAGGCUUAUUCUUCCUCGGUUGUACGCCUCCCGCCAAAGAUUGAAAAUUGCACUGAACCAAUAGUAAAGGAAAGGGACACCUGUAAACGCCCUCGCAAUACCAGGCUUUGAAGACCGCAAUAGCCACUCACACCUUAGGACAAGAUUUAUAAAUUGCUGAAGCAGCAUCAUGCUAGAGCAUCACCCCACGUAGAACAAGCUUGCGGUCCAUCACCAUCAGUUCAGAGGGUUGAAGAAAGCGAACCAUACCACAAAACAACAUGAAAGAAGAUGUUGGACUCGCCGCACCAAUAGCCAGUCAAAUAUCUCUCCUUGAAAGACACGCCAACUGCCAAGAUCUGAAGGAAAUCAACAUAUAUGGGGGCACAAAUUCUCACAGGCCCUUCGUAGACGUCGGAUCAAAUGUCAUCGAGGGAUGAGACUAGAAGACCUUAUUCCAACACGCCAUCGCCGCCACCACCUCAUCGAUGUCGCCAAGGAAACAAAAAACUAAGCGGGAAAUGAGACGGACGUGUCCCUACACCUAUUGCCGUUGACGAGGCCAGCAAACGAGGAAGAGGAGCGGGACAAAGGUGGCGC